AUGGUGAAUUUUGCCCAAGCUGUGCGUGAUCAUUGGGUUCACAUCCUUGUUCCCUUAGGAUUUGUGAUUGGAUGCUAUUUGGACAGAAGGAAUGAUGAAAAACUGUCUGCCUUCAGAAACAAGAGCUUGUUGUAUAGAAGAGAGUUGAAGCCUGGUGAAGAAGUUACCUGGAAAUAA